ACAAAUAAAUAAAUGUAAACAAAAACAAAAACAUAUAGUUUCAUGUUACUCUUUUCUUGCAGAGCCCACAUGUGAUGUGAGGUUCUUGGAUUAAGCAACUCUGUUCCCUUUAUUUAUAGAUCCGCUUCUUUGCUUGAAAAUCCCAAUAUAUUGUAACUACAUUUCCUAUUCAUCUUCUUCUUCGUCUGCUGCUGCUGCUAUCAACAAAAUGGCAAAACUACUCCUUGCACUUCAAUUCUUUUGCUUUUUAGCUAUCAAUGUUAAUGCUUUUACACCUUCUGGUUGGACCAAAGCCCAUGCUACAUUUUAUGGAGGAAGUGAUGCUUCAGGAACUAUGGGAGGAGCUUGUGGAUAUGGCAAUUUGUAUUCAACUGGUUAUGGAACUAGAACUGCUGCUUUAAGCACUGCUUUAUUCAAUGAUGGAGCUUCAUGUGGACAGUGCUAUAAGAUUAUUUGUGAUUAUCAAACGGAUCCCAGAUGGUGUAUUAAAGGCGCCUCUAUAACGAUUACUGCAACAAAUUUUUGCCCUCCUAAUUUUGCUCUUCCAAACAACAAUGGAGGCUGGUGCAACCCUCCUCUUCAACAUUUUGAUAUGGCUCAGCCUGCUUGGGAAAAGAUCGGGAUUUACAGAGGUGGAAUUGUUCCUGUUUUAUUCCAAAGGGUUCCAUGCAAGAAACAUGGCGGAGUUAGAUUCACAAUCAAUGGAAGAGAUUAUUUUGAGCUUGUAAUGAUAAGUAAUGUGGGAGGAGCUGGAUCGAUCCAAUCUGUGUCGAUCAAAGGGUCAAAAACAGGGUGGAUGGCAAUGUCAAGAAACUGGGGAGCUAACUGGCAAUCUAAUUCUUAUCUAAAUGGACAAUCUUUGUCAUUUAGAAUAACAACCACUGAUGGGGAGACCAGAUUAUUUACAGACAUUGUUCCAUCCAACUGGGGAUUUGGGCAGACUUUCUCUAGCUCAGUUCAAUUUUAAAUUGAAAAAGAAAAAAUAAUUAUUAGAGUUGAAGGGGUUUGAUUUGGCUGAGGCGUGCUUAUAAUUUUACUAGAGCAGCCCGCUGUAUAAUUCUUUUCUUUCAUCAAUAUAUGAAUCCAUGACUAUGGACUCUGCCCUUUCUUCCUUAUACAACAAAAUUAUUUGUUGAGUUGCAAUCUCUUCUGCAAUAAGAAGCAUAAUGUAAUUUGUAAUAUGAAUCUUUGUCAUGGCUAUUUCAUUGUGAGUCAAUCUAUUCAAUUAUAUUCCUUCCA